UGUAGGCAUGUUCGAAUCCCCUUUUUACUUAGAGGUAUGCCAUCGCUGAGCUUUACAAUUGAGGGACUGAUGGGUUCCACGCAUGCUAGUUCCUCGUCUAAAAAUCGGCCAUCACCACCACCACCAUCGCCACCGACUUCAAGCAAAAUGGGCGAAAAUGCAAUGGAGGUAGCCAGACCAAUAGCCCAUGUAUUUGAGUGCCCUAAAUGCGUAAAACCUUUCACGUGUGAGAUCUGCGGAAAAGGAUUCCACCAGAAAGGGAACUAUAAGAACCACAAACUGACGCACAGCAAAGAGAAACAGCACAAGUGCCCUCUUUGUGAAAAGUCAUUCCACCAGGCCUACAACCUGACAUUUCACAUGCAUACACACAGUGAUGAAAAACCGUUUACUUGCUAUUAUUGUGGGAAAGGUUUCUGUCGCAACUUUGAUCUCAAGAAGCAUAUUCGCAAGGUUCACCUACGAGGACUUUAUGACAACCAUUCGGGACUCCGGAGUCUGACACAAUGCCUUGGAAAAUCUGCAGUGACCUCACUUCCAUCACAACCGCCUUUCCAUUCCCCACUAGCACUACCAUCAUUACAGAUGACACCACCGACAUUAGGGUUCUGUAAUAUGGCACCCCAGGAAUCCCCCGACUACGCGAAGCCUUGUUUACAGCUAGUUCAGAAUGAGGAGAAUCUACAUGUGGGAUUUCGAAUUCCGCCACCUGAGGUUUUGAAGAAAAUGCUUCCCGACCCUACCAUAUAA